CGCUAGAUCCACCUGCUCUUGGAUUUGCGGUGAUGAAGUCGUGCGUGUCGUGGUAAGCGAGGCAGACAAGUCGUCAUUACCGUGUAGUCUGAAGCUCCUCAUCGGCUUGAUCGCAAGCGUGCGGCGCCGGCCCGUCUGCCUGCCGUAGAUACCCCGUGGCGUUGGCUGAUGGAACUACGGAUUUGGUAAAACAUAUUGAUUCUCUCGAAUUUAAAAUGGAUUUACUUCCAGCAAGGAUUUCCUGCACUUUUCCCGAACCCUGCGAGUUAUUUUCAAGGCAUCUGUUUCACAAAGCAAGUCAAAAAUAAUGGUGAACAUUUAGUUUUGGAUGUUUGUGUGAGAGCUCUGUGUUGCUUGAUUUAAAAAAAAAGGCCUAACAAUAGGUGCUGAAUAUUCGCGUAAGAUUCAGCGAUGGCACAGAAUUCUGAGGUGUGACUGUAAUUUUUAUAAUGAUACCCUGGCAUGGUUUCUAAAAGCUGUUGGUUGGCUUGAAGCAAGGGUUUAAACUUAACAGCCAUGAGCGUUCAGACUGCCAGUACAAAGCCGAAGGAACGUCGGCUCAGCGUGAACGUCACGAUGUCUGUAGUCCACAAGACCAACCGGUCUGAGGAUAAGAAGUUGGAGCGUCGCGUGGAGCACUUGAAGCAGAAAGAGCACCAGGACCAGGUCCGACACUGCACUGAGGUCAAGAAGCUGGAGAAGGAGCUAGAAUCCAUGCAGGUGCAGGUGGAAGCUGCGGGCAGGACCUUCUCAAAGAGGGAGACCGAAUUGCAGGAUGUGCCGUACCUGUUCAGCAAGAAGAUGGCGGCGCAGCAGCCCAGGGCCGUCCGGCAACGGCGGCACCGGGGAGACUCGGCCGCCGCCGCGCUCAACAGAGUGGCAAAGAACGUGGAGCUGAGUGGGAAGAGUCGCUUCCGCUCGGCCGUGAUGGCGGUGUGCGUGGCGAAGGGACUCGGUGAAGCCGCCUCCGGUGAAGCAGUCCGAGAGCAGGAGGACCGAGAGACCGAGGAGGGUGCUCCCGGGGAGAACACGGCGAUUGAGGGUCAAAACAUGAACAGGAGCCUGUCGUCGGCACGGAGUGGGGUGAAGCGGGACAGAUUGAGGAGGAAGACCCAUCCAGCGGACAGGCCCAACACGAGCCCGGGUAAGACUCUAACACGGAGGUACUCGGCACUGCGUCCACCAUCAACGGCCGACCAGACCGGGAGCCAGAGUCAACCUCGACCAGGCAUGAACUCGGCCAGAAGCGUAGGCAGACGAAACACCACCGGGAACAUGUCGGUUCGGAGCGCGGAGUCACCGUCACUGACCCCGACCGUAAGCCUGCCGGACCUGGUGGGCGCAGCCCGGGCGUCCAUCGUGCAUGCCGCCGAGUCGGCCAAGGCGGCCUCCGUGCUCAAGAGGCGGGGCAGCGCCGUCAGCACAGUGACGGCCGCCGAGCGGGAGCUGGAGAGGCGACGGUCCAGUGCCGCCCUCCGUCUCAGGGACAUCAAGGCGGACCUGUCGAAGCGGAACGUGGACCUCCAAGACCGCAUCAAGCUGUUUGUUCGGACAAGCAUGCCAGGAGAGUGCACGGUCAAAUCACCCCGACGACUGUUUGCGAUACCGGUCGGUGGGGAACCAGCUACCACUAGUUCAGAAAUGGAUGACUGACAUUUUGCUCUUAAGCCGAUAAUGAUCAGUGGAUUGAAACAUAAAACCUACAUCACAAGACUUCAGUAAUUUUGUCAUAUUUUGCAAAUAUACCAAUUAUUAUAUGACUCUAGGGUCAAGAUUAGGUACAAAUCAUUCUGCUGGAUAACGUUGUAUCCCUUGGAUUUUAGCUCCAUUGUCUGUGGUUCGAUUCCUGGCGUUUCUGUCGUUUAGUCCAUGAUAAAUGAAACAUAAUUUCUCCAGGUUUUUAGCAAGGAUACAGGUUCAGAAAUUUGUGUGUGUGUUUUCAAGGAUCAAUCUUGUUGACAUUGUUUAGAGUUACGAAAUUUACAAACAAGUUGAAAUCUAAUUCCAACUGAAAUCUUUUGUGAGCCAGAAGAGUGGUCGUGGAACUUCAGAAAGGCGGCCGAGCGCCCUCUGUCACUUCUAUUUAUUGCAGUGGCUUUCUUUUCCGUGUUAACAAUGCCACGAAGAAUUAAGACACAACAAAUAACAAUAGAUAUUCCUUGCUUUAGAUAAUCAAAUGAGCUGCUGUACUUAAUUGAAGCAGUUUUACGAUUUCAAUUUAGAAUGUGUCAGUCUAAAAUCGAUAUAGCGCCCUCUAUCCUCCACACGCAAGAGAAAAAUUGCACACUCGUUUUUGUGAGGUCAUGCCUGAACGCUAUGGGUGUUCAAAUUUGAACCACACCUUUCUGGGUCACAUUUUAGGGGAUAUUUGAUUUGUUUGCACUUUCCAUUCCCAAACACGUUAAGUCUGUCAAGUCAUUUGUACUCGGCAGCCCACGCGUCAUCGCUGUUGUUAUGCACACUCCCACUGUGUCAACUUACUGUAAUCCGGAUAACCACGGUAGCGGGAUUAUCCUUUAUUUGCACUCGAGAUGUUACCGUUAUAUAUAAGCUGGAACAACUAUUCCAAAGCCAUAACGGUCGACUGUCGUGCACUUCCCGGUUAUUCAGAUCUGUUACACCAUAGAGAAAUUAUUGUCUGAUACCAAGACUCCAGACAUAUGGAGGUAGUCACAAAGUUCACUGGAAAAUCACACAGUCGACCGGUAGAAAUAGACAUUGCAUCUGCAUUUCAAUUUGAUUUGUUUUGUCUGUACCAUAGUCUAUAAAAUA